AUGGUAGUGAUCCUAGCCCUAGACAGACAAAACGAACACUUGCAACUUUAGAGGCAGUGCUCAAAGUAGAUAUAUGAAAUGUGGUGCACCCAAGUCAAAAAGAGCUGCAGCAACAUGGCCUCUCCUUCUCUAUAAAUUCACUAUCUGUGCAGCACUUCAGAGCACAUCAGUUUUCCAUUUGAUCAUCGGUUCAAUUCCCCUUAUCAAAAACAAGCCAAUGGCCUUGAAAUCUCUCCUCUUUGGUUCUCUCUUGCUAGUCGGGGUGGCAGCCCCACUGGCUGUUGCCCAGCUCGGCGGGCUUGGGAACCUCCUCGGUGGACUCAUUAACAUCCGAGGCACUAUUUUUUGCACCGUCAAUGGGAAUGCAAAUGGCACAUCAACACCUGUAUUUCCAAAUGCUCAGGUGCAACUACAAUGUGGGAAUACAGUGACAUCCAGUACAACCACCAAUUCUGCAGGAUUAUUUACUAUGCUGUUGGACCCCUUAACGACGCUUCUAUCAUCGCUCUUGAACGAUUGCAAGCUGGUUGUCAACACACCUCUCUCCACCUGCAAUGCCAUGCUGCCGACCGGCCUUCUGCAGUCGCCGUUGCAGUUUCUUGGGAAGACCCUUCAAGGGAUUUUGGGCAUCCUCAAUGUGGGCCCCGCCGGCUUUUCACUUAUCCCAUCUAACUAGGAUAGGGAAUGGCACGCUUAUUGUAAUUAUCGCUUAUAAACCAGAAGAUUAGAUGGUAAUCUUCCCUUUGCUAGUGUUCUUAUUAUCAAAUAACGCGACCGGUCAUCGUCAAUGUGGAUCCCGCCAGUUUCUCCAUUUCCUUUUAAGGAUUAAGGGAUGGCCCGUUCGUUUUAGAUAUCCCUUCUAGAUAUGAAGAAGAUUAUUGUAUUGUAAUUUCUGUUUGUAAGUGUUCUCUUUGAGACAUAAUAUCAACCUUGUUUGCUGUUGUGGUCCA